CAUUCUGCUUCCCCGGAGCCGAAUGAAGCAGGGAGCAGGAUUAGAGUCCGCCACCGGCUAUCAGAGGAGCUUAGAUAAAAGGAACUGCUUCUUAAGCACCACUGCAGCAGCUCUUGUUAAUUUUUUUUUUCUUUCCACACAACAGUUGUGCCUCAUUAUCCGGUGGUGCCUGGCUCAGAUUUUUUUUUCUCUCCUUUUUGGAGGGUUUGAAGUUUCUGUUCUUCAGUGACUGUUACAGAAGAGGUGUUAGUGUUGCCAUGAGGUCUUGAUUGUCUGCAUUUAUGAAUGAAACUGACCUAAAUCACCUGUUACCUCCAGUUUCCAGAUUGUGUGAACUUCUCUGGCGGCACAAUACAGGAAGGGAGACUAAAGCAGCCCAGGGACUACGGCGUCUGCAGCAUGGGCUGGUUGACUCGGAUUGUCUGUCUUUUCUGGGGAGUAUUACUUACAGCAAGAGCAAACUAUCAAAAUGGGAAGAACAAUGUACCAAGGCUGAAAUUAUCCUACAAAGAAAUGUUGGAAUCCAACAACGUGAUCAGUUUUAAUGGCUUGGCCAACAGCUCUAGUUAUCAUACCUUCCUUUUGGAUGAGGAACGGAGUAGGCUGUAUGUUGGAGCAAAGGAUCACAUAUUUUCAUUCAACCUGGUUAAUAUCAAGGAUUUUCAAAAGAUUGUGUGGCCAGUAUCUUACACCAGGAGAGAUGAAUGCAAGUGGGCUGGAAAAGAUAUCCUGAAAGAAUGUGCUAAUUUCAUCAAGGUACUUAAGGCGUAUAAUCAGACUCACUUGUACGCCUGUGGAACUGGGGCUUUUCAUCCAAUUUGCACCUACAUUGAGAUUGGACACCAUCCUGAGGAUAACACAUUUAAACUGGAGGACUCACAUUUUGAAAAUGGCCGUGGGAAGAGUCCAUAUGACCCUAAACUGCUGACGGCAUCUCUUUUAAUAGAUGGAGAAUUAUACUCUGGAACUGCAGCUGAUUUUAUGGGGCGAGACUUUGCCAUCUUUCGAACUCUUGGGCACCAUCACCCAAUCAGGACGGAGCAGCACGACUCCAGGUGGCUCAAUGAUCCAAGAUUCAUUAGUGCUCACCUCAUCCCAGAGAGUGACAAUCCUGAAGAUGACAAAGUAUAUUUUUUCUUCCGUGAAAAUGCAAUAGAUGGAGAACACUCUGGAAAAGCUACUCAUGCUAGAAUAGGUCAGAUAUGCAAGAACGACUUCGGCGGGCACAGAAGUUUGGUGAACAAAUGGACAACGUUCCUCAAAGCCCGCCUCCUGUGCUCAGUGCCGGGUCCCAACGGCAUCGAUACUCACUUUGAUGAACUGCAGGAUGUAUUCCUAAUGAACUCUAAAGACCCUAAAAAUCCAAUUGUAUACGGAGUGUUUACAACUUCCAGUAACAUCUUCAAGGGAUCCGCUGUGUGUAUGUACAGCAUGAGUGAUGUGAGGAGGGUGUUCCUUGGUCCAUACGCUCACAGGGAUGGCCCCAAUUAUCAGUGGGUGCCUUUUCAAGGAAGAGUCCCUUAUCCACGGCCUGGAACUUGUCCCAGUAAAACAUUUGGUGGGUUUGAUUCCACAAAGGACCUUCCUGAUGAUGUUAUAACCUUUGCACGAAGUCACCCUGCCAUGUACAACCCGGUGUUUCCAAUUAAUAAUCGCCCAAUAAUGAUUAAAACAGACGUAAAUUAUCAGUUUACACAAAUCGUAGUAGACCGCGUGGACGCAGAAGAUGGCCAGUAUGAUGUCAUGUUUAUUGGAACAGACGUUGGGACCGUUCUUAAAGUAGUUUCAAUUCCUAAGGAGACUUGGCAUGAUUUAGAAGAAGUUCUGCUGGAAGAAAUGACAGUUUUUCGGGAGCCAACUACUAUUUCAGCAAUGGAACUGUCCACCAAACAGCAACAGCUCUACAUUGGUUCGACUUCGGGGGUUGUUCAGCUGCCUUUGCAUCGAUGUGACGUUUACGGGAAAGCCUGUGCCGAGUGCUGCCUUGCCAGAGACCCUUACUGUGCUUGGGACGGCUCUUCAUGCUCUCGCUAUUUUCCCACUGCAAAGAGACGCACAAGACGCCAAGAUAUAAGAAAUGGAGACCCAUUGACUCACUGUUCAGACUUACAACACCAUGAUAAUCACCACAGCCACAGCCUUGAAGAAAGAAUCAUCUAUGGAGUAGAAAACAGUAGCACGUUCCUGGAAUGCAGUCCCAAGUCACAAAGAGCACUGGUCUACUGGCAAUUCCAGAGGCGAAAUGAAGAACGAAAAGAAGAGAUCAGAGUGGACGAUCACAUCAUCAGGACAGAACAAGGCCUGCUGCUGCGGAGUCUGCAGCGGAAGGAUUCGGGCCAUUACCUCUGCCACGCCGUGGAGCAUGGCUUCAUGCAGACGCUGCUUAAAGUAACCCUGGAAGUCAUAGACACGGAGCAUUUGGAAGAACUUCUCCAUAAAGAUGAUGAUGGAGACGGCUCUAAGACCAAAGAGAUGUCCAACAGCAUGACCCCCAGCCAGAAGGUCUGGUACAGAGACUUCAUGCAGCUCAUCAACCACCCGAACCUGAACACAAUGGAUGAGUUUUGUGAACAAGUCUGGAAAAGAGACCGAAAACAGCGUCGGCAGCGGCCGGGACACCCCCAGGGGAACAGUAACAAGUGGAAGCACUUACAGGAAAAUAAGAAAGGGAGAAACAGGAGGACCCACGAGUUUGAGAGGGCACCGAGGAGUGUCUGAGCUGCAUUACCUCUAGAAACCUCAAACAAGGACAAACUUGGCUCGACGAGAACUGGAAACAAUGCAAUAUACAUGAACUAUUUCAUGGCAUUAUGUGGAUGUUUACAAGGGUGGGAAAUUCAACUGAGUCCCACUCAUUAUAAAUUAAAUCCAUGAAUAACUUUUCUAACGGGCUUUCUUCCUAACAGUCCCGCCUAACAAAGAUCACAGGUGAAUACGGAUGUUCACUUUAGCAGACUUAAUGUCUCCUACGAGAUUACACGUACGUUUCGCUUCAUUCUUUGCCUGAGAAAUAAAAAAAAAAUAAUAAUUAAAAAAAAAAAUCAUUUGCCAUACUGCCAUCUAAAGGAGAAAAACGGCAUCAGCAAAGCCAUUUUAUUGACCUAAAAUAAACUGCAUGGAUUUACUAAGCUGAUGAAUAUUCCAAAAUGUGGUUGGAGUCAAGGAUAUUUUUUGUCUACCAGCCCUUGUGUAUGUACUGGAGGAGUCAAGAGUACAUUGAUACUGAAUGAAAUAGUCUGUGGAAAUUUUAAAAACAUAAACCAUCCAUCAUCCAGAAGAAAAAUGGAAUACACUGAUCUACUACUGAUGUCUUCUUUCAGCUUUGAUCUAAAGAUGUAUUUUAUUAAAACUAUAAUUUAAAUGUACCAUGACAAAUAUGCAGUAAAAAUUAGUUGUUUUCUAAGCUAGAGUAGUUUUCUGUCCUACAAGUAUUGUGUGAUAUAGUUUUGUUUUAAAAAUUCCAAUUGUAUGCUGCUUUCUUUUUUUUGACAUUUUAUUUUCAGUUGUGUAAGGGGGUAGCUGAUAUUGUUCUAGAAACAUAUUUACAGCAUUAACAUGUAAGUUCUAAAACCUGAAUAUAAAUUAUGCUUUAUUUUUAUGAGUAAAUCAAACAAAUGGAAGCUGUUCACAUUCCCCUUAAGUAUUACCUAAAUUAAUUUUAACUUGCUUAAUGUUCUUAGAAAAACAGCAUUUCAUCAGCAAUAAAGGAACACAGUGAUUUUUAUUAUAACUAAGGAUCAAUGAAGAGAAAAGGAACUGCAUAGCUCACGAAAAAACAGCAUUGUCUCAUGAUAGUGUUAAUAGAGACCUCGGAUUCUGCACUUGAAUCCCUGCAUGACAUUUGAGACAUAAAUAUUUCUCAUGGUUCUGCUAGGAAUUAUAUCUGUGUCCUUCGUUUUGAAAAGAGAGGGAUCAAUAGUAAUAAGAACAAUAUCUUGGAGGAAAAUUUUCCAACCGAUCACGUGUGGAUCAGCCCCCUCUUGUUUAACAAUGAUCUGUACCAGGUAUACAUAACUCAUUUCAUGUUGAUGGGAAUGGCUUAUAUACAAACUAUUUUCCAGGACGCAACCUACAUUUAAAAGAUGUUAAAACUUGUGUUUCCUGCACCCAUUUCCAAAAUAAGGUAAAAGAUUUAUAAUUCAGGAUUUGACGCCUUCUUUGUCCUAAAAUUAUUUGUUGGGAAUCAUUGACUUCAAGAUAGGUAAGACUUUCAACAUUAUAAUAUGGUUUCCUUUGCAUGGCCCUCACCUUUUCAGGAAUCCUUUUCUAUAUCCUUCAUCAUGCACAAAAAUGCAAAGAAAACCUCAUAUAACUAAUUAAUGAAGUAGCAUUCGAAUUCUAACUGUAGCUGUCUUGGGAUUCUAAUUAACUCAGCAUUACUUUCUCACUUUAGACUACAGUGAAUUUUUAUUCCCUAUCAGGUGAAAUAUUUCACAGAUGGAAGCUCAUCUUUCAGUUUUAAUGAUUAUUUUGAAUAAACAAUUUGUUGCCACUACUUGUUUCAAAUAAAUGCCUGAAAAUAAUCUAUGUUCGAUCUUAAGCUUCAUUGACUAAAUGGUAUUGCUUUGGAAAGUACUGUACAUCCUCAAAUGUAAGCUGCAUGGUUAAAUUAUUGAAGGACACUCCCCUAUACAGAAAAUAGUGUUUGAAAGAUAAAUGAAAGAACAAAGAUUGCUCCCGAAAUAGGCCAUUCUUUUUAUUUUCACAGGGCAUCUUAACUGUACUAAAAUUCAGUGUUGCAUUUCCUUCUAAAUUUGCAGCUGAAAGAAAUUUAUUUGCAAUAGAAGUAGCUUAUUUCUUACUAUCACUCAAAAUUAAAGGAUGUAAAGGGACAGAGAUUGUGUAUCCUCGUGAAUGCCUUCCGAAAUCUUAAUGCAUUUUAUUUAGCAUUAUAAAAUGCCAAUAGAAUAAAAAGUCUAGACUUCAAUUAAAAGUUACAUAAACAAAAGAAUCUGCUGUCAUGUCUUUAUAUACCAGCAGGUCUCAGUUUUUGAAGAAAAUGAUAGACGUGUAUGUGUAACUUGCAGAUAAAUAACUCUUCUUGCAGUCAGAAUAUUCUGCCAAUGUGUAUUGUGAGGGGGAAUUUUGCACGAAAAUAUCCCAUUUAAUAAUUCAGAUUUUGGCAUAUGCAUGUGUCAUCAGAGACGAAACUUUUUUUAAAUGACUUGUGACCAUAAAAUUCUGACAGCAGUCUCAAAGUAUGAAAAAGAUGCAUCACAGCGGAGAAAUUGUAGCCCAGUUGAAAUCAAAUGUAAAAUUUAAACGCAUGUAAAUGCACACGUAAUGCUUUUUUAUGUACUAUUUAGUGAUUUUCAAUGGUAUGUGUUUAAUAUUUUUGCUACCUACACAUUAGGCAAAAGAGAUGUAAAUACUUUUGACAAAAGAAAACAGUGUAAAAUAAAAUUUUCUAUAGGGACUCCAUUUUAAUGUAUUCAACAUCAUCCUAAAAUGCGAGAUUUUCCCACACAGGUGACAAGGUGGUUUAUGAACUAUUUAAGGGCAGAGGUGUGUGCCCAAUCUAUAAGCAUGUUUUGGCCAGGCAGGAAAUAUGUUCCAUGUCUGUAUUUAUCAUUGCAUUUCCGAUGGGAACUAGAACAUUGGAGAGAAAACUGUAAUGAAACUGCUGCUGUAAAUUAUUUUUUAUAGCAUGUAUUCAGUUGCUAAAUACACAUUUCUUCAAAAUA